GGCGGGAGGACCGGGUCCCGGGGGCGGGAGGACCGGGCCCGGACGUGGGGCGGCCCUGUCCACGGCCUGGCGCCUGGCGGGGUCUCCGGCGUCCGGCCUCCGGGUGCCGACAGGGCCCGCGGGCUUUCCCGGGGGUUUGUGGGUUCGGAGACGUGCGGAGCCCGACCCGCUCCGGGCGCCCGUCCGAGCCCCACUCCGCCGCCCGGGCUGGAGCGCCGUGACCGCCCGUGUGUGGCUGUGGUUCUGGCCGUGGUUCUGUCGGUGCCGCGGAGGGAGAGCAGGGCUCUGAAGGCAGCUUUGUUGUUGAAUGAGUGCGCCCCGGAACCCAGACUGGGAACUCGGAACCGGCCCCUUUGUGGGGACGCCGGCGCCGUCGCUCCCGGAGGAGAUCGGAGGCUUUCGGGGUCCGCCCCGUUUCGCCGGCGUCACCGGGUCACCGGGUCCUCAGGCGGCUGAGCAGGAGCCGUGGGGGGCGCGUGGUUUCUAAUUCGGGUCUUCGGCGCCGGGUUCUGAUGACAGGAGCAUCGCCCCCCUCCUCUCCCUCCUGCGUCCCCGAAUGGAAACCCGGGACCGGAAGACGCGGCGCCUCGCUUAGAUCCAAAUAUUUUAGAACAUGCUCAAGAGGCGAGCAUUUAACGAUAGAGUUUGAGAAUCUAGUAGAAAGUGAUGAAGGGGAAAGCCCAGGAAGCAGUCACAGGCCUCUUACUGAGGAAGAAAUCAUCGACCUAAGAGAGAGGCAUUAUGAUUCUAUUGCUGAGAAACAGAGAGAUCUUGAUAUGAAAAUUCAGAAGGAGUUAGCCUUACAAGAAGAGAAGUUAAGACUAGAAGAGGAGGCUGUGUACGCUGCCCAGCGCGAAGCAGCCAGGGCAGCAAAGCAGCGAAAGCUCUUGGAGCAGGAGAGGCCGGGCGCCGUUCCCGGAUGCCGCCCCGCCAGCGCCAGCGGAGCCGAGGGCCCCAGCUCAGGACCAGAAGACGACUUCGAAUCUUGUUUGCGAAACAUAAAGUCACAGUAUGAAGUGUUUCGAAGUAGUAGACUCUCGUCAGAUGCCACCGUUUUGACACCAAAUACAGAAAGCAGUUGUGACUUAGUGACCAAAACCAAAUCGACGAGUGGAAAUGACGACAGCACGUCCUUGGAUCUGGAGUGGGAAGAUGAGGAAGGCAUGAACCGGAUGCUCCCAGUGCGCGAGCGCUCUCGGACGGAGGAGGACAUCCUGCGGGCGGCGCUCAGGGGCGGCCGGAGGCCCGGGAGCCACGCCGCGUCCGCCUCCGACGACUCCAAUGGGCUGGAGUGGGAGAGCGACUUCGUGAGCGCCGACGUGGACGACAACGGCAACUCCGAGUUCUCUGGCUUCGUGAACCCCGUGCUAGACCUGUCGGAGCCCGGCGGGCAGCCAGUGGGCGGAGAGCCACAGACGCGAGGGGGUCAGAUCUUGUGACCCGGCUUGGCAGGUGGGACCCAGUGCAACCCCAGCGAGAAUGUGUAAAUCAUGCUGAGCCUUGGCACCGGAGGUGGGAGCCGUGUACAAGCUGUCGGAAAGGACCGGAGAUGGGCUGGAUCUGAACUCUUCAGAACAAGUGCAAUUUCAGCAUCUGCCUUCGUUUUCAAAACAAGUUCAUGGUUCUGUCACGGUACCAAGUACAUUCCCGUGUGCAGUCUGUAGGUGUUCUUUCUAGGAUGGCUGUGUUGGUUUACUUAGUGUGUCUGCAGAAGCUUAUUCAGUGUCCGACUGCGAGUGUUAAGGCUUUGGGUGUUACGCUCAGCAGAGGGAGGGAGCAGAGGACGGAGCCCGGCUCAGACUCAGAAUGACGAUCCCGCUCCACAUGCCUGUCCCUCAGCUCAGUCACCACCUGGUCGUAGCGGUUACUUCAGGAGGCGACUCGAAUGCCCACGUGUCAUUCUCUGUCCACACUGACUGCACAUCCACGUAGGAGAUGACAGAGGAAGCUUCCCGAGUUGGAACACUUGAAGUUGGUGAUCAGGAGUAAUUGAAGAUGAAUGUUCACCUCCUUUUACAUGCGCUACACAUGAAUGUUGACUUUAGUUGAUAUAUUAAAUUUCUAGACGUCUUUUUUUUUUUAUUUCCAGUGACCGGUCUUAGAAAGAUCUUAUUCUCUGCAUCAUUUAAUAAGAAAGGAAAACCUAACAAGGAAAUACGGGUAUUUCAGAGUAAAUAAAUCCUUUCUGGUGUGAAAGGAUCUGUGGAUUUCUAUUGAGUUUCCUUUGUCUUGUAAUUCAAGGAGCACUAAUGGGCUGGGAUUAAGUCCAUCAAUAAAUACGCCUCCUCUUUGGGGUGGACAGUGAGCUCUUUCCUCUGAAGGUUAGGCACCAACUUCAAAGGCCAAGGAGACGCCCAGUGGCUUGUCUGGAUUGUGCUGAGAAUUGAUGUGAUGUCAGUCAGCAAACUUGGUUUUUUCCUCAGUGCUUUUUCCUUUUCUUUGUCUUGCGACAAUGACAGUGCAUGUUCUCAAGACCAUAGGAAGGCCCAGGUGUAAAUAGCGACUCGGAAUCUUGCUGCACUCAACGCAUCCCGUGGUCCUUUCAGUGUCUGAGCUGCUCGGCAAGGGCGUCUGUGGUUCUGUCACUUUAUCUCAUAGACCUACACACGCCACUAAGUAUGUAGACGUGUUCGGUAACGCUAUUGGUUAUGUCUGUGUUCGCAUAAUUUACAUUGUAGCUAUGUCAUGGGAAAUAUUUUAAAGGUAAUCUAUACUCACACUGCCUGAUAUGCUUUUUGAAGUUUAUAUACAUCUGAUGUAUAUUCUUUGUUUGGCAUAAGCUACUAUUGUAAUUUUUUUGCAUUUUGUUCAUAAAAUAUUUUUUGGAGGAAUGGCAGCUUGUCGAGGAUUGUGAAUAAACACAUUUUUACAUUUAAAAACUAA